CGGCAACUUCUUUACCUCCUUCUUCGACAAACUGAAAUCUCAGAAGGAGGUCAAAGACAUACGUGUAGUGGUUCGGUAUAUAUCAUACUAUGCUCAACAUACAAGUCAAAGGACAUUUUUCUCUCUAAUGCAAGUGACUGACCAUGUUGUUGUCUUUAGGCAAUUAAAGACGCAUUUGUCCCGGUCAUCAAAAUGACCUUUGAUGGGAUUGAGGUCAUUUGGCUUGAGAUUAAGUAACAACUCUACUGUCUGCAGUGUGCUUCCAUCAAAGCUUUGUUUGCACAUGUCUUAAUCUCAGUUUUUGUGGUCCUGUUAUUUCUAGAUGGACUUAGUGUUUUCCCAGGUGCAACGGCGGAGCAUCACUGUUCACCUGAACCUGCUCGAUGACAGCUGGUUUAACGGCAUUGAUAAGCACUGUGCCAGAAGUCUAAAUGGCUACAGAGUUUCAGAGGAGAUCCUCCGUCAAGUUCCUGACGUUGAGAACUUUCAGAUGGUUUUGAGAGCCAUCAAGCUGUGGGCCAAAAGACGUAACAUUAAUUCUAACUCACUGGGGUUCUUGGGCGGUGUAUCAUGGGCCAUAAUGGUGGCCUGGAUCUGCCAGCUGUACCCAAAUGCUGCACCGUCCACCCUGGUAAAGAAGUUCUUCUGGGUCUACACCAGAUGGCCUUAAUAUCACUGAAGAAAUUCACCAUAAGAAAGCUCCCUGGUCUAAACUCUUUGAACCAGUGAAACUUCCUUAUAACUGCACACAAAUCUUCUCUUAUCUACUACCAUGUGCCACAUAUGGCAGACAUCUUCACAUACAGUAUACAUGUUGAGCUUCAUAGAAGGCUUGUUGUAAGGUAGACUGAUAGAGCUGGGUGAAUGUCACACCUUUCACCACAAGAGGGCAAUGAAGCCUUUCUGCUGGCCUCUUCCUCACCUGCAUAAACACAAGUGGAGUAUAAGUCUGACUGCCACAGUGUAUUCCUUCAGUACUCCUUUAUACUGUAUAGCCAGUGCGGUAGCUGGUCACUCUCUUCACAGUGUCUUUAUGGCACCCAUGGGUGACCUUUUGGGGGGAGGGGUGUUUCAUGCUACUCCAUGAACUUGUAGUUCUUACAACUCUGUUCCUUCUUGUAUCUCCUACAACAAACGGAGGCACGGACUGGUCGGCGAGCUUCACAAAUUACAUCGUUGAGCUCAAGAGAAGAAACUCCAGCCAUUCCCUCUCAUCCUCUCCCCCUCUAUUCCCCACCCUUCCCUCACCCCAUUUAUCUCUCCCCUCCUCACCCCCUCUUAGACUCUUUAUUUGCUCUGCAAGCUUCAGGUGAAGACAAGCUUCU